AUGACGUCCAUUUCGAGGUCAUUUGCAACCGCAGCUAAAGCCAAGCCCCAAUUCAACGUAUUUGAUAGAUCAACCAAGCUUUUGCAGAGAUCGAGAACACCAAAGAUCAACCCCGAGCUAUCACGAAAGAAAGAAUACUUGAGAGAUGAAGUUGCUGUGAAGACAAUUGAACGAUUGGCCUUUAUUACUAGACCGUUUGACAAAGCGCUAGAUUUUGGCAGCCAUAGCGGUAACUUGCUAAAACAGCUUUGUACAAAGAGCCAUGUUCCACAGCAAUUGCAAGGCGAUGAGAUUGAAGAGAAGAUUAUUGAGCAGUUGAACAAUGAUAAAAAAACGGUACGCGAGAAGAUCAAGGAUCUUGUGUUAUUUGAUUCAUCAAAGGAGAUAUUGGAGCGGGAUGCAGAUCAAAAGUUUGACUCUCAGUUCCCCGGAAAUAUUGAAAGAGUUGUUGGAGAUGAGGAAAAAUUUGACCAUGAGGUUCUUCAAGAGUCAAACACUUACGACUUGGUGGUAUCUAAUCUAAGUUUACAUUGGAUAAAUGAUUUACCUCAAUGUCUUGCAAACAUUAACAGGAUACUAAAACCAGAUGGCUUAUUUAUGGGUACGCUCUUUGGAGGAGAUACCUUGUAUGAACUACGUACUUCUUUGCAAUUGGCAGAACUUGAAAGGAAAGGAGGGAUUUCUCCUCGCGUUUCGCCAUUGGUUCGUUUGAAUGACGUUGGAUCCCUUUUGAACAAGGCAGGCUUUAGCUUGUUAACUAUUGAUUCAGAAGACAUCGUGGUUGGAGGGUUCCCUGAUAUAGUUGCUGUAUGCGAGGAUUUACAGGCCAUGGGGGAACAAAACGCUGUCUUGUCUAGAGCACAUAACUUGCCCAAGGAUGUAUUGUUGGCGGCCAAUGAAAUAUACAAGAGUUUACAUGGAGAGGUUCAGCCUGAUGGGGAAGUGCUCCUUCCUGCCACAUUUAAUGUCAUCUUUAUGAUUGGGUGGAAAAAGAGCGAAUCGCAACCACAGCCUUUGCAGAGAGGAUCAGCAGAAGUAAACUUGAAGGAUGUAUUGCAAUGA